UGGAGAAAUGUAAUUGUUAUUUUAUUGUCGAAUAAAUCAGCCAACAAACUCUGAAGUCUGAUUUAUGUGAGGGUGUAGUUAAGUUUCAUUUAUAUAGUUUUACAGUUUCCUCCAUGCAGACGAUACCUGCCAGUUACUCAUAAAAAACAUAUAAAAAAAUGUCAACAUUAUAUCCAGAACUGGCUCAAACUGCAACAGAUUGCUUUGUGUUGCUGCAACAUAUAAACAACGUUUUCAUGCAAAUGAUCUCAUUGGUUUUUAAACAGUUUUUAUUUCCUCAAAUCUGCAUAUCACUCACUCUUAAAGCCUUUUGUUUAAUUUGUUUUUGUUUAAUUUGAAUGCUUCCUUUUUUCUUUUUUUUAAACACACGAGUGAACCCGGUUUGCUUGAAUAUUCGAACACCAUCCCUCUUGAUAAACAGGAUGCAUCCUAGUGCUGGCAUGAGCGGCGGCUGCUGCGUCGUUUGUUGUUUGUGCUUACGUGGGUCUGACGUCUGAAGGUGUGGUGGAACUGGGGCCGUGACAUGCCAGGUCCUCGUGAAGAAGGUGUUGGUUUGUUCCGACCAGUUUCCCUUUCAAGAGAAAAAGAAACCUAAAGAGGGGAAACGGCUGGCCUGCAAACUGGUUCCAGAUUUCCAGAUGUCUGGUGAGAGCGUCGGAAAGGCCAGGAUGGACAUUAAGUUAAAAAGUGGAAAAUAAUCUACUUCCUUUUCUGUCUUUUUAUCCCAUCAAAAUUAAAUAACACUUUAUGAGUUUCUGGUCUCUCCUAAUCUAACCAGCUGUUUCACUUAUUGUGAAACAGAGUUGUAAAAAGGUCCAAAGGUCAAAAAGCAUUUUUCUUUUUUUUCGUUUAGGUAGCAGUCCUGUUGAUUAGACAUUUCUGAACUCCUGGAGCUGGUUUAUUACAUUUUUUGAUAAUCUGUUAAUUUCUCAGAUGCGUUAAACGGAUCAAACAUCUGGGACUUUAAGGGUCGGAUCAAGUCGACUGCUGGAAGGGAAAAUCUGUCUUUGCCCAAGUGGAGACGGUCUGGAUGUGAACCUUGUUCUUCCACUUCACCUGCCAGUUAGAAACCUUAUUUGGGAUCUCCUUUUAUCAAGAGCUGCCCUCAGUCUGAACACUAGGAUAAAUAUUAUACUGAAAGGAUAAAAUUUCGGUUUUACUCUGAUUCUUCUGCAUGACGACGAUGGCGAAGAAAAACAGUCUGAAGGAUACAUCUGGUGUGGUGUUUGAUACUCGCUCAAAAAUGGUCAUGUCCCAGGGAGGAAUGACGGAGAAGAUGAAGGACAAGAUCAGUGCUGUGAGGGCAGUUGUCCCCAACAAAAGCAACAAUGAGAUCGUGCUGGUGCUGCAGCACUUUGAGAACUGCGUCGACAAGGCUGUGCAGGCGUUCCUGGAAGGGAGUGCAGCCGAAAUCCUGAAAGAGUGGAAUGUGACCAGCAAAAAGAAGCCCAAGAAGAAAAAGAAGCCCAAGCCUCAGCCUGAGGUUUCCUCAGAGGCGCCUCAGCCGGAGGCGGCGUCGCCCGACGAGAGCAAGGAUGAUGAGAUGAACGGCUUCCACGCCAACGGGUCGGUAAUGGACGCAGAGUCUCUAGAUUCGCUGAGCGAGCAGCUGGACUCUGCCUCCCUGGAUGCAGCUGAGCUGGACUCUGAACCCGCUACACCUGAAACGCCGGGUGUCGAGGCAGAAAGUAACGUUAGCGCUCCAAGUCCUGCUCCCCAGCAGGGAAGAAGGAAUCACCACCAGCUUUCCAGAGGCAACAAGCCUCGGCACAGGACGGGCUCAAACCUUCAUCCCUCCUCAUCCUCGUUAGCAGCCACCUUUGAUGAGCAGGGAUCAUCAGGAGGGAAAAAGAUGGCUCCCAACAUCGACCGCUCGGUGAAAGACCUGCAGAGAUGCACCGUCUCCCUGACGCGCUACAGGAUGGUGGUGAAGGAGGAGAUGGACUCCUCCAUCAAGAGGAUGAAACUGACGUUUGCUGAACUCCAGAGCUGCUUAAUGGACAGAGAAGUGACUCUUUUGGGAGAGAUGGACAAAGUGAAAGCUGAGGCCAUGAUGAUUCUGGACACUCGGCAGAAGAGAGCGGAGGAGCUGAGGCGGCUGACGGACCGGUCCGGUUCCAUGUCUGAGGAGCAGCUGACUGAGCUACGCGCUGACAUCAAGCAUUUUGUGAGUGAACGUAAAUACGACGAGGACCUUGGGAAAGCUUUAAGAUUUACAUUUGACCUUGAGCCACUGAAGACGAGCAUCUCUAGUUUUGGAUCAGUGUACCAUCCACGUACGGGCUACUCGGACCGGUCCCGCUGCAGCUCCACAUCCUCCUCUGUCGCCAGCCCAGUCCAAACGGAGACCCCUCCUCCCACCCAGACCCAAACCGCCCCUGCUGAAAACCGCCCGCCUCCAGUCAAACAGAUUUUCCAGGGAAACAGGCGAACCUUCCAGGGACCCGGCUACCACUCGGACGGCCAGCGGUACAACGGCAGCUCCCACCACGACAGGAACGCCGGGCGUGGGAGCCACCGUUACCAGGGCGACGCCGGGUCCUCCGGCCCGUCCUCGCAGCAGCCCCACAGCUCCAGGGGCCCCUCCCAUCCCCCCCACAACCCGGACCGGCCCGCCCACAACGGGCUGCCCCAGCGGCUCCCUCGAACGCACUGCCCUUGACACAGGAAACCGUCUCACUCAAUCAGACCCAUCCACUACCGCCCUUCCACCCCCAAAGCGCCCCAUUACCCCUCCACCCCGAUGCCCUUCAAUGAAGAAUAGUAUACAAGUUUACAUAUUUCAGUCAGUUGAGCUGUAGUGCCGCCGCUCUGCAACACUCUGUUCAUUCUUUGAACUUGAAAAGCUCUGACUGUCUCCUUUCUCGUUUCUUUUCUCUCGGUUUCCGUGACACUUUCUAUCUUUAGCCUCUGCUGCUGUGGCUCUCCGUCGUUUGUCAUUACCGAGACUCUCGCGAUUUACCUGCAACAAUCCGUGCACUAUUGAAGUUGAACUCUUAGUACUUUCCUUUUUUUUUUUUUUGCGCCGUCAGCUCUCUGAUUUGAAUUUUUUUUGGUUUUGUUUUUUCGUCUCCAAGAACCAUUUCAAUGCCUUCGCUUUUUGGGGGGGUAAAAAAAGUGUGGAAGUGAAAAAGUAGUUGCAGCUUCGACGAGGCUUUCCGACAUGCAAUCAACACUACAGACGUCUGUCGUCUGUCUUCGCUAGGUGGAAACAAGACAUAUCAAACUGUAAAUCAGAGCUUAAUGUUCGGACACAAAAGGAGUAGUUUAACUUUUAUAAGACAAAAUAAUGAUGAUAAAAAAGAGGCUCUCGCUCCGUUUCUCUCUGCUGGAUCGCUUUGUUUGCUCUCCAUGUCUGUAGGGAGUCGAGACUAUUCCUGUUAAUUUCGCCUGAAGCGGGAUCCAUUAUUUUCUGACUGAGAGCUCAUUAACUUUCUUUUUUCUUUCUUUUUGUAAACUAUUAAUGAAGGAGGCUUUAGUGUACACAUGCUGUUUCAUAAUCCAGAGCAUUUAUUCAGCUGGAUGUUCUCCUGCAUGCCCAGUUCCUUGCUUUAUUCAGUUUUUCUUUUUAUCCACAUGAGUGGCAUAAUAAUGUCCUGCUUGCCUUUAGUCGCAGACUUCACAUUUGCCUUUCUGCAAACACAGAUGUCUCUGUCCGAACCUGGGUUUCAGGAUUUGUAUUUUUGUUUUUUAUUUUCUUAUUGUCCGGCUGCAGAAGUAAAGUUCUCAUAGGAUGAUCGAACGCUUCGGGCGGGUGUUGAUUUCAUCUUUCCGCGGCUGCUAAGGAGUUGCUUCAAGCAGCUUUUUGGGGUUAAAUUUUCGUCUUUGUGUCCAGUUUGAGAACAAAACACUGGUGAAUACCUCAUAGCCGAUCCUCUGUCGCGACCUGUUUUCUCAAGAGACAGCCGACUCCCUGGUGAUUCCUCACCACUUACGUUGAUGUAGUUAUGUACAUAGAGCGAGCUGCAGAGCCGUAGUGGGAAACCAGUGGUGUUACUUUAUUGCUUCAUCUCGUUAUCAUGUCGUCUUCCUUCAAGCGGGACAGGAAAAAUUCAUCUUUAAGCUCCUUUUCUUUCCUAAUUUUUCUUUUUACUUUUUAGUUUUUUUGGAGUUUAAGGUAAAAACAAGAUUUACUUCACGAGUUAAAUUAGUGAUUAUUGUGGAGAAAAUAGUGAUGGGGAUGAAUAAAUGGUGAUUAGGCUUGACUGAAAGUAGUUUUUUGUUUUUUUGUUGUUUUUUGGGAGAAUGAUUGUUGGCUUUCUCAUGAGAUUUUAGAGCAUAUAUGAUGGUAUUGUGAGCAGCCAGCUAGUUUAUGAUAAUGUAGCCAACUAUAGGCUUCUGGAUGUGAUCCACAGAUGCUCAGACGUUGCCGUUUGUGCUGAAAUUGUUUCGAUUUAGAACUUAAAACUCGCCGUAUUUAUCCGUCAGAGCGGAUGCAGCUUUAAUAGUAACUCUGAACAGACUUAAAAAUCAUGAAAAUUACCGCAAAAGUAGGGAGAUACUUUUGUUUUGUUUUUGCAUGGAGUAAAAAAAACUCAUCCAGGUUUCUUUUUUUUUUUAAAUCACAAAAGAUGCAUAUUUACUGAAGUUGUAUCAAGUGCUACAACCUUCCUCACCCGCUCCUCAUCAGCUCUUUGCCUGAGAACGGGCCGCACUGUGUACUGAAUCAAACUGCAGGACACAUCGAACACAAAUCCUCUGAUAACCUGUGAGAAACGCUGGAUUCUCUCUCUCAUCCACAUGUUGCGUUUUACAUUCCAGGCUCCAGAAACGUUUGGGGCUUUUGCUACAAAUAUGACAAAAAAUAAAAAAUCUAAAGCAGAUAAAUUUAACUCAUUUUAUUUUUUUUACUUCUUCCUCCUACCCUGCUUUAGUUCUGACUCUUUCCUGUACAUACAUGUAUGUAGCUAUAUGAUUAUCUGCUCACACCUGGGCAUUUUGUAUGUGAUAUUCAUACUAGGCAUAUUUGAAGUCAAAAACAUCAGUUUUGUUCAUUCUUUCAACUGUAAACUCAAGUGCCUUUUCUUGUCCCUUCCUCUCCCUCCGACAUUUUGUCCUUCACCACAGUACGGACCAAAGACAUCGACCGUCCCCGACAGUCCAGCCCCGUCUCUCUCCCUCUCACUGAAUGGCACACUUCAUUUACUACAAAUAAAACUGUUUGCAAUACCAAA